AUGAACACUAUACGAUCCACCUGGCUAGGAUGGGGCACCCUGUGUGUUGCUGGUGGGAGCGCAUAUGUUUUUGCUAAAAGAUCCAUCAAUGCAGACCGAACUGCACGGGACGAAGAAUCCGUGAGGCGUAAAACACAACUGGCUGCUAUGGAAUCUGAAUACAAGAGGAAAGCUUCCUCGCCGCCUCCUCCGACAUCCUCCUCUAGAGACGCAGACGCAAAUUCUAGCUCUACAGACGCAAAUGCUGCUGCUACACCUUCACCUUCAUCGCAGCGAUCGCCUAAAACGCGGCCAACAAAUCCGGAAAAUUCUACGUCAAAUUCCACGGCUUCUUGA